AGCCAUUCAUAGAAUAUGAGAAUUUGUUACCUACAGUUGAUUGCACAACCUGAUCAGAAUCGUGUGUUGGAAUAAUGCUGUUUCAGCAAUGCGGUCUCGUACAGGAUGGUAACUACCUAGUUUCCCAUUACUUUAUAUCGGUCGUAUCAGACAUUCCAGUGGCCAAUAGGCUAAUCUUCUUUUAUUAUUACCAGUCAAACAUGUCGACAACGGAAACUAAAAUGCGAUGAAAUUAAGCCAAACUGUGGGCAAUGUCGCAAGGCCUCACGACAAUGCGUACCUAGUGAUGGAGUAGUAUUUCGACAUCAGCAGAAUGCUUCUAUGAAUGGUGGUGAAUGUGUUAUCCAUGGUGAAACAAGCGGUCGAUUAGGAGCAUUCUACGCAUAUAGGAAUACAUUUGAUGAGACUAGCGUUUGGGUUGAUGUGCCAAAGAAGGGUGCGUUACCUGUCUGUAGAUGAUAUUUGAUUGCAGGAUGAAGUGUUUGGAGCUGACGAGACAACUUACAGUAACCUUCUUCAAUGUCAUUGAUCCAUAUAAUAUGGAAGCCAGUCCUGAACCCGAACAACCCACAGACUCUGCUCUUCCCACCACAGCCGCUGUGGACAAAACCGGCGACGGCGUUUAUCAUUACCCUUCAUUUGAGAAAGCGCCAGGCUUAGAAGCUCUUUCGACUGCCGCCACUGCCAACAUAGAAUACAUGCGUCAUUUAUCGGUGCCUGUGCAAUCACCAAGAGGCAUUAACACUCCGCAGCACUCGGUCAACAACCUCGACUUUAUAUUGAAUCCUACUGGACCGGAAGGCCGUUUGAGUAUGGGAAUGAUUUCUUUCUCUUGGUCAACGAGUCAUUGGCUAAUGCUUCCACUAUAGAUUCACCCAUAGUCGACCCAUCGAAAUCACUCUCCAGGACGAAUGCCUUCAUCAAUGAUGUUGAUAGUGUCAGGGAGCAUGAAGUUGCAUUUCUAUUGAGACAUUUUGGGGAGACCACUGGACAAUGGUGAGCGGGGACUAUACCGAAGCUGAGGAUACAAUUAACUCUAUCAGGAUGGAUUUAUUCGACCUUGGAUGUUACUUCGCACAUCAAGUACCUGUCCUCGCCGUAUCGAACCCUUUGCUUAAAUAUUCAGCAUGCGCAUAUGCUGCCAAACAACUUUCGCGUGUAGGAGGGAGGAAAGCCAUUGUCGGUGGUAUAGUAAGUGACCAAGCACUUAUGGAGCUCUAUCCAAAUUCGGAUAAGGUUGAUUGGGUUUACAUUGCUGCGAAAUACUACGACAGAGCAAUUUCACUCUUGGUGGAAGAACUUUCCAAAUCGGGUGGAAAUGAUAUUCCAAUUACACCGGCAAUCGAUGAUCACUUUAAUUCUCCAGGAAAUACAGAAUCACCGCGAAGCCAUUCGUCUCAAGCAAGUACUAAGCGACGCCGUUUGUCGAAGCCGGUACAGCGUGACGCUGAUGAGACCAUUGCUGCUGCCGCUAUACUUUGUGUAUAUGAAUUCCUUGAUAAUGCUUUACAUGCUUGGUCUCGCCAUCUCAGUGGAACUAAGUCCUUGUUUGACCUAGCUGAAAGGGAAGGCAUGAUGCCUUUAGGUUCACCUUCACCUAGUACCCCUGGGUCAUUAUCGUUCAGAACAAAGCCAUCAGUGGCCAGAAGAGCUACGUUUUGGAACUUUGCUCGCCAGGACUUUCUCGCAGCUUGUUAGUAUUCGUAUUACCCUAUUUUGACCAGUCUAACCGUAAGAUAGUCAUCAACGAAGUGCAAACGCGACUCAAUACAGAAGAUUGGGAUCUUUGGCGCGCAGCCGGACUUCUGAUAGAUGAUCAGGGUUUUGUUAUUCCAAGCAACAAGGAACGAUCAUACCCUGAGCUGCAAAUUUCUAUGCGAGAAGAUAUGAUUUCAAACGCACUAAUCUGGCUCAUGUCGAAAAUUGUGAAUUUUAUUGCUACAGGUGAUUCCAUCGACAACGUCUAUCCCCAAGAUAGAGCUAGUCCCACUGCUGUUUUUGGUAUUAAUCAAAUGACUCUACUUGAAAGGUGGCACGAACUGGCAAACGAGCUGGAAGUUUGGUAUCAAGGUCUGCCGGAUACCUUUAAGCCAUGUGCUCGUCUACCAAAAAUUACGGACGGCAGUCUGCCGCAAGACUCACCCAGAGCUAUAUUCCCCGAAAUAUGGUAUAGUAUUCCCAUGUGCGGCUCAACAAUGCAGUCGUAUCAUUUCACGAGGAUACUUCUCCUCAUCAACAAGCCUCAUGAAUCGACAACAAAAAGAACAACCGUUUCGAAUAGGCUCCAUUCCUACCGAUCGAUUGAGAUGGAAGUUCGCCAUCAUAGCCAUGAGAUAUGCGGCAUCGCUCUGGGAAGGCCAGAAGGUUCAGUGAGGAUUCAUCAAGUGCAGCCGCUCUUUAUCGCAGGACAAUGCUUAACAGAAACGAGAGAGCGAAAAGUAAUACUUGAUUUGUUGAAGGAUAUCGAGAUUGACCUUGGCUGGGCAACUGAUUAUCGUGUCAAACAGUUGGUGAAAGAUUGGAACUGGCAUGAAACUUCGACGUGAAACCUGAUGAGCUAUUCAAACGGAUUACUAGACAGAUUUUGUCGCAUUCUUGCCGCGCAUUCGAAUGAGUAUCUGUCGCCUGCAGGAUAUAGCUGACGAUUCAUUAGCGAAGGAGAUAAACGCACGUCAGAUCUUCCCAGGAAGAAGCUACGGACGGUCGGUCUAGCACUGAUUGGUUGAGAUCGUAUAGCAGGGUCUCCGGUAUUCCGGAUUGACGAACCGAACUUAAACUUUCUGAGGAUUGUUUAUUCUCUUCAAGGUGAUUUAAUUCAAUAAACCCGAGAAUCGGGUUCAUUUCUUGGUCGGAUCGAAGUGCGUACUGCUAGCUACCCUGGCUAUAGGGUCGCCUCUGGUAUUCCUUGCGAUUUUCGAAACUACUUCUAUGUUCCAUGGCGAUCAUUGGCAUACAUAUGAUCCCGUGGAACAAUGUUUAUUCGAAACAAACCCAAGUGCUCAAUGGCCGAAGAUCUUUGGUGGUCUGGUCUUAUCAGAACUUCCGAAUUUUGUCGGAUAUCCACCAAAGAAAGAUGGCUAUAUCUAUCAAUGUUUGACUGGGCCCAUAUCUCAUCUUUCGCAAUUCCCGAUUGUUCCUGUGAGAAGCUGUCGCUAUGUGGCCAUGCAUGGCGGUGAAAGAAACAGAUGUACCUUUUGGCCUCACGAUGAAGCUCAUUAUUGCCAUGAUGGCCAAAACAGCUCGUAGUACCUCUGCCUGAGACUUAUUAUCAAAAUAUGCGGCUGGGUUGUCACCGCUGUUUCCAGGAUAGUUGGUCUUGCAUUCAAAAGCAAGGGAAUCGGAAUCAACUCACGCCACAUCGAUCUUACAAAACUUCCAGAUCAAAUCGACCAAAUUAUCAUUUCCUUGUCAAAUUUAAACACCUCCGAGAACACCUUCUCACUCCUCUUGAGGUCGCAUAUAAAAGGAUGGUUGCCGGGCGAUGAUUGUAAUGGCGGCGACGGCAGCGAUGGUGGAUCGGAUAAUAUUAUUAGGGACGAAGAAAUGGAUUGGCAUCUGGAACGAGAGAUUAUCGUAAAGGGAUAUGUAUGGAGCUUAGAUGCCUUACUUGUUGACCGGACUGAGGAGAUUCUCAAAUUAAUACUCCUGAAAGUGGCCCUGAAGUGUCUUGUUGCGGUAAAAUCACGAUUGAAAAGGUUGUUUGGAGUGGAUGUGAUGUGACAAAUCAGAGAAACGAGAUUCCUAUUGAAAUGGGCAAGUCAGAGGCCAGCUAGGCAUGAACGCUCCAUAUUUCGGAACUGCAACAGAUUUUGUUCUAAUGACAUGAAUAUCGCCUUGGAAUUCAUUGGUGUUCUUCAACUGGUGUCUGCAUUUUUGAGCCUAAGUUGAUGAUAACCAAAGUUUGGAGCCGGCUUCACCAUUUCUUCCUACCGCUCUCAUGUUCUCUGAAAUCAACUUGUUCGCUACCAGAGUUUUUUCCUUUAAAUCCAUACUCAUUUCGUCCAUGACAUU